AUGCACAUUCGUAUUCUCACACUCAAUUUUUUUCUUCGUCCGCCAGGAAUUUCUGAUCAUCUAACGAGCGACGACUGGAAACGUCAUCGCAUCCGUUUAUUUGCUCGACGUGAAUUUAAUAAUUACGAUAUUAUCACAUUUCAAGAAACAUUUGCUUUUGGUUCAUCUCGUCGAAAAAAGCUAAUAAAUUUAGCGCGCAAUGCUGGAUUUCAUCACUCAUUUGUUGCCAGAAAAAUGCCAUGGUACGCCGGCAGAAUUGAUGCAGGUCUUGUAAUACUUAGUCGAUUUCCAAUAGUAGCAACUGAAGAAUGGACUUUCGAAGAAAGAGGUACCCAAGUGGGUGACUUUUUAGCUGCAAAAGGUAUAAUUUAUGCAAAAAUUCAAUUGAAUGCCACUCACCUUCAUCUAUUUACAACCCACUUGCAAUCAUCAGACAGUGAAAAAGCGAUAGUGAAACGUCAUAAACAAUUUUCUGAAGCAAAACAAUUUAUUGAUAAUACUUUGUUGAAACAUGGAAGAACCGACAUUGAACCAGUUUUGUUUUCUGGUGAUAUGAAUGUUGAUGCGCGGAAAAAUGCUGAUGACGGAGUAAACAAUGGAUGGGAAUACGACCUUAUGAUAAAUAUUUAUUCAGGACGACAAAUAUCAGUUCCAAAUACUACAGAGUUCCAAGCAAAAUACGAUAUUUGUGAUGUAUGUUAUGAGGCCCUUGGAGAACAUCCAAUAACAACCAGCAAAUUAAGAGCAUCGGAACCUGCAGAUCGCAAAUGUAUUGAUUUUAUUUUCUCUUUGCGACCAGCAGCGUCUGAUGGACAAAAGAAUAUUCAUUUUGAAAAUGUGCGAGUGGAAAAGUUUCUAGUAGAAGAACAUCGUUUCGACUUCUUAUCAGAUCACUUCGGUAUUGCUGCUGAUGUAAUUGUUGAUGAUGUUAGCUUACUGUCAGAUCCUGUAGACGUCUCUGACGACAGCACUAUGGACAGAUUGUAG